AUGCUCGAAAUUGAGUACGAUCAAGGCGAGGCUACUCUCGUGGACGUACAUGGCAUUGAAGAGAAUAUUUUCAUGAUUGAUCGAAGGUCAAUAACGUGUCUCCACCUACUCGUCUAG